CCCUCAGAGAUGGGGGUGCGAAUGGUGCGGGUCUCGUUUCUUUAUUCACAACCCUGUACUUUUCUAGAUUUAGUUCUGCCAGUUAACUUAGCAGGAGGACAUUCGCCAGGAAGGUUAGGGUAGACUCUCUAGGUUAGUUAUUUGGGGAUGUUAGGAUGAAGAGGUCCUAACAUAUACACCCGGAUCUUCCUGCUGGCAGAUUUUCAAAGAAGAUGCCCAGCCGUGCUUCAUCCUGAUGCACACUCUUCCGCUCCCCAAUAACUGUAAAGUGCGAAAAAACCCUGCCAGGGCCUGCGGAAAGCGCAGCGCUUCCGAGGCUGGCACGCUUUCCUCCUUCCUCUCCAGGGGAGCGAUCCCAGCACCGCUCCCGGUGAUGUCAGUGGAAUCCUGAGCCGGAUCCCGCUCCACGGCUGGGGGAGGGCGGACGGUGCUCUCGGCAGCUGAGCAGAGCAGGGGUGUCCCCUGCGAGACCACGGCAGUCCGGGACCCCCAGGGCAUAAGCUCUCUCAGGCGCGCGGGACCCCGGCGACCGCGCACGCCGCCCCCGCUGGCCCGCGCCACGCUCCGCCCUGGACGCCGCUCGUCCCGGAGCGGGGGUGCGCGGGGGGUGGGAGCGGACCAGCUCAGCCUGAUUUACGGCUCUGCUGAAAACCGCUUCGCACCCGCAGCAGUAGAAGCGUCGCGGCGGCAGCGGCAGCAGCAGCUGCAGGGGCAGCAACAAGUCGGGACUUUGAGAGUAAUGCAACAGAAGGCUUUUGAGGAAAGCAGAUACCCCUGGCAGGAGUCCUUUGAGAAUGUCGCUGUGUGCCUGCCAUUCCGCUGCCCGAGGUGUGGGGACCAUACCAGAUUUAGAAGCCUGUCCUCAUUGAGGGCCCAUCUGGAAUUCAGUCACAGCUACCAGGAAAGAACCCUCUUGACAAAAUGCAGCCUCUUUCCGUCCCUCAAAGACACAGACUUAGUCAGUUCCUCAGAACCCCUGAAACAGGGAAAAUUGCAGAGCUGUGGCAACAUAGUGAAGCAGAAACCGAGCUAUGUUAACUUGUGUAGCAUUUCGCAUGAACACGGCAAGGACAGGAAGCCAUUCGAGGUGGUGGCAGAGAGGCCUGUGUCCUAUGUGCAGACCUAUACUACGGUAGACCUACGCGCAGACUCGCUGGAUGGCCCGAGGUCCAGUCCUGGCCUUCCCACCUCAGACACCAAAGCAGCUUUCGAGGCACAUGUCAGAGAAAAAUUCAAUCGGAUGGUCGAGGCUGUGGACAGGACCAUUGAGAAGAGAAUCGAUAAACUCACCAAAGAGCUGGCCCAGAAGACGGCUGAACUGUUGGAAGUUCGGGCAGCUUUUGUGCAGCUGACUCAGAAAAAGCAGGAAGUGCAGAGACGAGAGCGGGCCCUGAAUAGACAGGUGGAUGUGGCCGUGGAGAUGAUCGCAGCGCUGAGGCAACGCCUGAUGGAAUCCGAAGAGGAGCUUCUCAGGAAAGAAGAAGAAGUGGUUACAUUCAACCAUUUCCUGGAAGCAGCCGCUGAGAAGGAGGUUCAAGGGAAAGCUCGGCUCCAGGACUUUAUUGAGAACCUGCUGCACCGGGUAGAACUGGCGGAAAAGCAGUUGGAGUACUAUCACAGCCAGCAGGCCGCUGGCCUCUGCCAGGACACCAGUGAGCACAUGGUGGGUGUCUGUGGUCUCCUGAGAAGCAACGUUUAUUCCCCUCCUCGAUUCCCCUGUCACCUCCUUGGGAAAUGCAAGAGUGCAGUCUCGGCUGGAGGGACACUCUGAGCCCUUUCCUGCCUCCUUCUUCCACCUUGCCAUCUCUCAGGGGAGGGUUGUGGCAUGAGGUCACCGAGCCCAGAUGUGAGGUGAGAGGGCCUGGCUUCUAGAUCAUUCCCACCCUGCUUCUGACUGGAUGAGACAGUUUGUCUUCCUGGGCCUAUCAUUCUUCUACAAAAUGAAGCAGUUGGACUAGAUGCUGUAUAAGGGCUUUUGGCCUCUUAAAUUCUGUGAUCAUCACCUGACUUUGGUGAUUAGGAAUUCUAAAAUUAAAAUGUAGCCAUGAUAUUUUCAGUAUUUAGUCUUAUUAGUAACCCAGAACUAAGAAAUGUAUAAAUUAUUAGUAACCCAGAGCUAAGAAGGUCUCAGAGAAAAUAAUGGAAGGCAAUGAGAAAGAAAGGAAGCCCAUUAGUUCUCGCCUUUAUUUAUAUUUCUGUGCUCACUUCUUCUUCUGACUUUACUUUUCCAGCUUGGAAACUGAACACCUUUUAAAAGACAUGGCCAGUCCUUACUUCUCAUCCUGCUGUAUCAUGUAAUCAAAAGUUGAACAGCAUCUCAGCUCUUCUAGUCAGAUGUAUAGAUAUAAAAUUAUGUGUGUGUAUGUGUACACAUAACAUAUAUAUACGCACACAUAAGUAUGUGUAUAUACAUACACACACACACACACACACACACAUAUACAUGUACAUACAAAUACGGUAGGACAUUUAAUUAAUAUUUGUUUCUGUUCUCUAUGUCCCAAAACCUGAUAUCAUCUGCCUUCUUCAGAUUUGAUCUACAUAAGGAAGAGUUGACUAAUUCAGAUCAAAUAAAGUGCAGUUAAGAUUGUAGCAGGGAAUUUAGAAGUGAGAGCUGUCUGUGAGUAGGGCAUGAUCAGGCUGUAGUGAGGUCAGCUGACUUUUGGAGGGAGAACACAUUGCCCUGAGAAGACCAAGAAUGAGAUGUUUGAUUUCUGAAAGUAUGGGCAGAUGUGGUUUCCCCUGUUUUCAUGUAUAGUCCUCUAAACUCUACUUUGGACCAUGGCGUACCACGUUAUGAGACAGUCUACAAACCCUAAGACCAUUUUACCUUUUUACUUAGUCUGUUUCAUCAUAAUAAAAUACAUUCACCACGUCUUUGAUGUAAUUAAACUACUCAGUCUGGCCUCUCUGGUAUCUGUGGCUAUGGAUACAUGGAAGAACUUGGAUUCUUUUAGCAGGAAAACCUUUGAAUCGUACCUUUAGUAACCUGUUUGGCCCAGCUGAAUGAAGGUGCAGGGCACCGAGAAGCCUAGGCUUCUGGAGCCUCAGCCCCGCCCAGGAGAGCUCCUUGCCACAGUGCACCCCAGGAUGGAGUAGAACUUUCUGACUGACUCCCCCCCACCUCCGCUCCCUCCUCCAGAACAGUGGGGAAUGCUGUCAGGAGCCUGGCUGGCUCUUGCCAUCUCCAACAAGGCUGCUGUACAGAAACAGUGCGGCCUUGUCAUCUCCCUUCUUUUCCAGCCCCCAGUUCCCUCCCUCUCUCCUCUUCCCUCUUUUUCUCAUUACCACCUCCAGAGAGUAGUGACAUUUCUAGAUUGACGUGUUAAAUUGCUUCUUUCUAAGAUGUCUUCUAGCUUUAAGAUUCUUUUGUGCUCUAGAAGAAUUUCCUUCCCCCUCAUGUUUAGUGCCUUUUCUGAAAUAAUGUUUCGGCAUAUGUAUCUUUCCCUUAAUCCUCUUGAGCAUUUAUGUUCUGUUUCACCUGGCUGAUUUCUAAAAAUGUAAUAUGCUUACUCAGGUAAUUUGUCUGUAUGCUCAGAAACAUGCUGUCGAAUUAGACACAAAGUGACCUAAUAUCUCAUCUGCCAAAAUCACUCACAGAACUGCUCAAAUGGAAGGUCAUGAAAUAGCUUGGAUAAUCUUAUUUUAAGCAUUGCAUUUAUUUCCUGCAGCUUGCUAAAUUAGGACUAGCAGUAAUUCAUUUAACAUAUUUACUGGGGAUGCAGUGCUUACUGGGUGCUGAGGAAACUGCUGUGAACGAGAUCGAUGAGGUCCCUGGUCUCAGGGAGGAGGGGCACACAAUAAGCAAACAGAUAAUGAAGAUAAUUUCGUAUAGUGAAGAUCCUACUAUAAAGAAAAAAGUAAGAUGAUAUGUUUGAGAUGGCCACUUUAGCUUUAGCAAAAAGCUUUCAAAAAAAGCCUUGCUGAAGAGGCAACAUUUGCACUGUGACCUGAAUAACAAGGACGCAGCUCUGUGAGAAUUUGGAAGUGGAAUAUUCUAGGCAAAGGAAUAGGAAAUGCAGCUGCCUCAGGAGGGAACAAGCUUGGCAUGUUUGAGUGGUGGGUGAUAAGUCAGAGAGGUAGGAAGGAUCCAGAUCAGGCAGGGGCUUCUUGGUCAUAUAAGGAGUUUGCAUAUGUUCCACUGCACACGGGGAAGCCAUUGGAAGGUUUUAAGUAGGAGGUGAUCUGUGUUUUAGCAAAAUCACUCUGCUGCUCUGUGGGGAAUUGACUGGAGGGGUGCAAAAAUGAGCGACAAGUUAGAAAGCUCUUCUCUUGUGGCAGAUGAGGGGGGAUGGCAGCUUGGGUAGAACCGAGUUGAGAGAGGUGAAGGGUAUCGGAUAUGUUCUUGGAGGAAAAUUGACAAGACCAGCUGGCCUUGCUGAAGGAUUAGAUUUAGCUGGCGAGGGAAAGUGAGCAGUCAAAAAUGAGUCCAAGGUUUUGGCCUCAAAAAUUGAGUAUAUACAGAGGGGAAGUUGGAGGAGGGCUAGGUGUCCAGUUUCCCAAAACCUAUCAUAACCUGAGACACCAUAUUUGUCUUUUAAGUACUUAAAUUGGCUCUCAGUGCAAGGUUAUUUAUAUUUUUUCAACCUGAAACCUUGACCAAGGACUCUCUUGAUCCCCAUCUUCAUACCCUCCUCUCCCUAAAUAAAAAGAAGACAAAGUAGCUGGACCAGGAGAAAAUGGAGGUAGGUAGUUGGGCUAAGUGGGAAGAGCAUCUCCAUCUGCCUGAGGCUGUGGAGGCCUCUUGUGUUCACAGGGAGGAGAGCACAUGAAAUUCUUUGGUGCCUGUGAUAUCGGCCCCACCUCCACCCCAAGACUCAUAAUCUAGCAGAUCACUGUUGGCCUUUUCCCUGUGAGAGAAGCACACACACACACACAACUUUUGCAUAAAAUUCCAAAGGGAAUUAUGUACCCAUAUGCAAUACAUCAUCACACUAUAUGCUUGCAUACCUACAUAAAGGUGAACAUAUUUUGUCAUGCCUGAAUAAUAAUAAUUUUUUUUUAAGUGGGAAAGUAUUUAAAAGGAAGGAAAACCCUGUAAGUUUUUAGAGUUUAUAUACACACUAAAACCCAUUCAAGGAGCCCAGCUGAUGGGGAGCGGGGGCAGGCGGACUGGGAGAAAGAGGGUAGAAAUGCUGAUGCCUUUGGGGUUCCCGGAAACUACCAGUCUGGUGUUUGCCGGAGCCAUCUGUUCCCCCUUCUUUGUAUAUUGCAAGACCUCAUGACCCUCACGCAGGGAAUGUGCCUUUUUCUGUUCACGUUUACUACUCUCAUGCCAAACCCAGCCAGCGUGGACAGGGUCAGCAAUAAUGCGGACUUUCAGUUGUGUCCCAAGGCAGAAGGCAGGAGUCCCAUCUUACCUUCCUAGGCACGUGACCCUCAGAAGUCUGCUGAAGAAAGCUGCUUUCUGAUUUGCUCCUGACUAAAGUUCAAGCUUCACACAGAAGACCUGGAGGAAGAUCCUGUUAUGCUGAGCUUGGUUUCUCCGGUGAUUUGAGUAUAGCAGGGAUGCAUGUCUUGGCCACGCUGCGCCAGGAUGGCCCUUUCUCCACAUUCUCUUUGUCGUCCUCUUCUUCCGUCAGUCUGCUUGCGGAUGUGACACCACUUCUUUCAGUAAAGGCUGCAUGAGGGAGGUUGGGAAUAUGCUAUAAAUACACUUGCCUAUAAAGUGUCUGGUGACAUGUGGAACACAAAAUGAUAAUUAUCAUUUAUUCUGCAAAUGAUAUUCUGAGCCCAGCCACAAAAGUGCAUGCAGAUAUUUUAUUGAGAGUGGAAAAUAACCUCAAAGAUAGAUGGCCUCAGGACAUUUGUGGAGUUGGUCUUCGUAUGCUCUCAUUUUAGAAAUGAUGUAUUUUAGGCAAUAAACAUUUGAUGCCAAUUUUCCCCGUAGUUGAUACACUGUGACCAGACAUAGCUGUAGUAAAUUAGCUGCAAAUACAGCCUGAAUCAAUCAAGAAAUAAUGGCACAUCAUUCCAGUUUUUAAAAACAUGUUUCUUCAAGUGUUGUUCUCUUGAGGGGCUGUUUAACUUUUUGAAAUUUUUGAGAUCUGCUGAUACUGGCUUCUUGGAAAUCUCAGAACAGGGAGCCACAGAGGCUUCCUGAGUAAGCAGAGCUGAGCAUGAAACGUUCUUGUUCUCCGCGGUGAUGGAUGGUGCCAUGGGCAGUGAUCCCGAUACCAGUUACCGGCUUCUUUAAUGGGAAUACAGUUUCUUAAAAAUAUAAGCAACGAGGAUUUUAAAAACCGAAUCCAGCCUUUAAGUGAAGUAAUGUUUUGUCUUAUUUGUUUUCCUUCAGCUUACAGAUAUCUCCUCAAAUAGGAAAUCCAAAUGCCUGUAUGUAUAUCUUUUUAUACUUAGGCUAUUUGAUAUUGUUUGCAUAAUAUGUGUUCCUGUUGCACUUUAUAUGAUAUCUAUAAUAUAAGUGGAUUGGAGAGUUUCAGGAGAAAAUUUACCUCCUUGUGUACCUAACUUUCUAAAAUGUGGAUGUGACUUUUAACUCUGCUAAUAGUCUGUGAGUAUACGGCAGUAUGAUAGUAAUGCAGGAGUCUUUUUAAAAUAUUGUAUAAUAUAACUUUCUCUUAUUGUGCUAUAGUGUAGUCGUAAUAUCUCUGUAGCACUAUUAAUGUAGUGUGCACACUAAUUUAUAUAUAUAUAUAUAUAUAAAUUUGUACUGUGAAUCAUAUACUUUAUGAUAGCUGUACUACAGAUUUGUUUGAAUCCCCUAGAAGUCACUUAAAGAGUCAAGAGAUAAGGGUUCUGGUCCCAUCUUCUCCAUAGACCACUGUAUGUAUUACCCUGGAUAGUCAUUUAAGUUUUCUCUACCUCAGUUUUUAUCACUGGUAAAUAAGACUAGUAAUAUCUCCCUGGGAAUUUAGUAUCAUGAGAUCACUUCAUGAAGGCCAUAGAAAUUUUUGGAAGAAAAAUAUCAAUAUAUAUUAUUUGUUUUACUGGCAGCAUUAUUGCCACCUUAGCAUGCAGGAGUGAUUGUUCCAUGAGUAGUUUUUAUUCUUUUAAGGAUUUAAAGAAAUCUUUCUUUCUGCUCAUCUCCCUCCCCGCCCCCAACCAUUUGUAGAAGCCGAGGGCACCCACAUUCUGUGUGUAACCACCCUGAUCUCAAGACCCAUUUCCAUCCAAAGGGAAGGAGCUACCUGAAAAAAGCCAAGGAUGACAGAGCCAGCAUGCAGCCUGCUAAUAAGUCCAUGCACGAACAGGCCGAGUCCGCAAGAGAACUCUGCAGACCAGCAAAGAAA